AUGUGAACUUCAAUAACAUCUUCAACAUUGACUCUUGAACAAUCAAAACCAAUUAGUUUAUCUUCUGCUGAUCGAUCAAAUAAAUGGAAUAAAUUUGAACAAGAAAAACAGAAACAAUUAUCUCAUGUAUCUCAACAUACAGAUCUAUUCACAUCAACAUCGACAGAUUCCAAUAAUGAUCAAACAACAACUGCUGCUCUUCCACAUAUUGUAGCUUUACCAAGCUCUGCAUUGCGUACAACAGCUGUAUGUAAACCUUCACAGGAUGAGCGUAUCUUAUCAGAACGAAUACAAUCAACACAUUCAAAUAUAUCAAUAUUUAAAUUCUAUCUAGAUCAAAAAGAAACAAAAUCAUCGAUUGGUCAUCAUACAAAAGCAACAAUGUUUAACAUGGAUACUCGUCUUAAACAAACACCUUUUCCAAGUCCAUCUUUAUCAUUUUUUACUAAAAAUUUCAAUGAUGGUACACCUGAAAUGGAUACUGAUUCAACAAUUACACCUACAUUUCAAUCACUUGGUUUGCAGAAUGAUCUUGAAAUAGAAUGUUUCAAUCAAUCAGCAAAAGUUCAUUCAGAUGAAAAACAACAACAACGAAAAGUUUAA